UCUAAAAUUAGAGAUACACGGUUCUUUUCAGCACCGCAAUACUCCUACUUCACUCUAACCCCAGCCAAUCGGCAGGUCCCAACUCUGGUUCCAAACAAAACGCUUCACUCGAGCCAAGCUGCCACAUUGCUUGCAUCCACGCCAUCAUAAAGACACACGUUCUUCGAUCUGAUCCAUGUCGAACCGACACUCGCAAUACAACUCGCCCGAGUUCAAUUCCGGGUACUUCAACCCGUACGAGGCACGCUCGUCGCCCGCCAGCGGCCAUGGUCCCAAAGUGGAGUUCAACCCCUCGGCGCCAUCGUACCAGAUGCUAGAUCAGGUGUCCAAAAACUCGGCGUACAGCAUGAAAAUAGUGGUGGUGGGCGACGGCGGCUGUGGCAAGACGUGCAUGCUUGUCAGCUACGCGCAGCAGAAGUUCCCGGAGAUCUACGUGCCGACCAUCUUCGAAAACUACGUUUCCACGGUGCGCUCGCCCGGCGGCAAACGCAUUGAUUUGGCGCUCUGGGACACCGCCGGCCAGGAGGAGUACGACCGUCUCCGGCCGUUGUCGUACCCGGACACGGACCUCAUUCUCAUUUGUUUUUCGGUAGACAACUUGGUCUCGUUGCAGAACGUCAAGGAUACGUGGUACCCCGAGGUCAACCACUUCUGCCCCGGCAUCCCCGUGAUCUUGGUAGGCACAAAGAGCGACUUGGCGCUGACGAUUGACGACGCGUUGCCCAUGCAGAUCGCGCAGGAAAUCAACGCCGUGGCGUACAUCCAGUGCUCGGCGAAGACCAUGACCAACGUGAAGGAGGUGUUUGACUACGCGUUGUCGAGAUUCCAGAAGGACUGCGAGAUGGCCGAGCAGGUGGACAGGCUGCGCAAGCGUCUCUCGAUUCUCCGCGGCGUGCCGGGGCACACGCGCAACAACAGCUCUGCGAGUUACAAGAAAGGCCAUUUCAAAAACGCGUCCGUGAACUCGAGCGUGUUGCUCGACGCGCCGUUGACCGAGGAGCCCUACGACUCCAACCCGUAUGCGGCCUCGCCGUACCAGCAGAAAUACAACGAGGAGGAGUUUGCGUUCACGCGGAAGAAGAAGUCGAGAAAGUGCGCGAUUCUCUAGUUGGAUGGGGCAAAGCCGAGGAACCGUUGGGGCCAUUAGUGUAUGAUAGAGCCUGGUGGGCCGCGGCAUUGGGGCGGUGCCGCGUCUGCACGGACGAGAAUGUGUAUAUUAUUAUGUUUGUAUCUAUAAGAUUCUACUGGUUACCGGGAGGUGGUGCUGAAGCACGAAGUCUUGGUGCGUGGGGAACGGUGCGGGUAGGGUUUAUGGUUGAAAUAAUAAGGGGACAAUAAGAUGUUGAUAGAGUGCUGAGUAUCAAUACAUAUGGAAUGGCAUGCAGUAAAGCUUUGAUAUUGAAGGUGUGGAGGACCGGACGCUUAUUGUCUGGGGGAAACAUUAAUCUGGUGCCAUAGAAGUCAAUGGUCAGGGUAGAUCUAACCACGAUCUGAUACUUAGGUGAGCUACACAUAUAAAAAUAUAGAAGUAGGGAAGUAUGAGAAGGUGAUCUGAACGGAGCCCGAGUGAGUAUGAAGAGAGAAAUAAAGUGGAG